AUGCUGCCAUUAAUGGAUAUUAUGACGCAAAAUUGUAGUGCAGAAAGAGAGAAGCGACUUAGAGAACAUCUGGCGAUGUGGAUGAAAAUGCGUGAAAAAUUGGCCCAUGCUAUUAGUGAAAAUUAUCAGACUCACAGCCAACAUCCCAAUCGAGACUAUCGAAAAAACUUCUCCUUGUGUUCAGAUGCGGUGUUAACUUUGCUGUUGAAUAAUUGCUCGUCCACAUGCUUGAAAAAUUGA